CCUCAGUUUGUGCCCCACCAGAGUCUGCUGCGCUUCAUGGUGGACAUCGCGGGGGGGAUGCAGUAUCUGAGCUCUCAGGGCUUCCUGCACAGAGACCUGGCUGCACGCAACUGCAUGCUGGGCGAUGACCUGCGGGUGUGUGUGGCUGACUUCGGCCUGUCCAAAAAAAUGUACAGCGACAAUUAUUACCGCCAAAAAGUGGCGAUCCGUGUGCCGAUCAAGUGGAUGGCGAUGGAGAGCCUGUCUGAGUCCCUGUAUACCACCAAGAGUGAUGUGUGGUCCUUCGGGGUGACCAUGUGGGAGAUUGUGUCCCGGGGAAGGACUCCCUAUCCUGGAGUGAGCAACCACGAGCUGCUGGAGCUGCUGCUGUCCGGACACAGGCUCAAACCCCCUCAGGACUGUGACCACAAACUUUACGAGGUGAUGCAGAGCUGCUGGCACGAGGACCCGAGCCUCAGGCCUGGCUUUGGGGAGCUGUGUGAGACACUGAGAGCUCUCCUGUCAGAGCUGCCAGAGCUGGAGGCCAGCCAGGAGGAGAGCUACAUCAACCACGGCCUGGAGGUGGCUGCUGCUGCUGCUUCUGCCUCUCAGGAGACACACACUGAAUGUGGGGGGAGAUGCGAGAAUGUGUACCUGCCUACUCCUCUUGGUGCUGCUGCUGCAGCCAGAGAGGAGGAUGAGGAAGUAGCGGAUGGCUACCUUAAGUAUAUUACUGGCUCUGCAGUUAAGGGGGAUGAUUACGACUAAAAAAGACAAUGUUUAAGAUACAACAUUAUAACUGAAACUCUCAUUAACUGUGUUUGUAUAAAAUGCUCAGGGGCAUUUCCCCGUAGACUGAGAGAGCGACAGAAAAGAAAAUCUAUUUUGCACUUUUUAUAUGUUUUGUAUAAUUGUAUUGUAAAUAUAAAAUCUAUUAUACAGUAGUUCGUCCUAUAUUCAUUGUGCUAAGUUGUUUAGUUUCUUUUGUAUUUGUAUAUAUUUUCUUUUAAAAUAGUUCUAUUUUUUAUCUUUAAUUACAACUUAU